AUGGCGCAAGGCAGUCAAAAGCGCAUCACCAAAGAGCUGAGUGAGCUCACCAGCUCCCCUCCAGCAGGCAUCACAGUGUCACUGGCCGAUGAAUCAGAUCUCCUCAAGUGGAAGGUUACCAUGGAAGGUCCAGCAGAUUCUCCUUAUGCUGGCGGCACAUUCCACCUCCUCCUCACCCUACCUCCCCAGUACCCCUUCCGCCCUCCCACCCUCACUUUCACCACCAAAGUCUAUCACCCGAACAUCUCUUCCGGGCCGACCACCGCCAACCCCGCCAACACUCCCGGAAUCACCACGCCAGCCCCCGCCGAAGCUGGCGUGAUGUGUCUUGGCAUACUAAAGCCCGAAGAAUGGAAGCCGUCCACCAAGAUCGCGGCGGUGCUGGGGUUUGCCAGACAGUUGCUCAGAGAGCCAAACCCGGAUGAUGCGGUAGAAGGGAGGAUUGCGGAGGAGUUGAGGAGGGAUCGUGCGGCUUGGGAGAAGGAGGCGAGGGAUUGGACGAAGAGGUAUGCGAUGAAGAAGUGA